AUGUCUGUCACGAGAUUCCCCGUGAAAUUUCAGCUAGGGAAUGGGACGGUGCGCAUUUUUCUUCUUUUCAUUCCAUUCUAUGCUCUGCUCACCUUAUACGCCCGAAACCGAUCCGCCCAUGAUCCGGGGUCAGUCUUCUUCGAUCCCUGGACCGGGUACGAUGCAUCCUAUUCCGCGAUCCGAAUCGAAGAGGGCGACAUCUAUAUUGAAGCCACGGACAACACAACAAGCUCUGAUUUUCCGAAAGCGUCAAGAGCACCUCAGUUAUGUGUCGGGAUUACCACCGUUGCCCGAGAGGGAAUACGGUACUUGCGAAGUACAGUCGGCACUCUUUUGGACGGUCUGAGUGUGGAAGAAAGAAGAGAGAUAUACUUGAUCAUCUUCAUAGCUCAUGCAGAUCCAUUAGAGCAUCCUGCAUAUAAUGAGCGAUGGCUUGCAGAGUUACCGGAUCAGGUCUUGCUGUAUAAUGAAGACGAGGUAGACAUCGACCAUAUUCGCGCGCUUGAGAAAAGCAAGCAACAGGUCGGCUGGCAAAAAGCUCUUUUGGAUUACCAGUAUCUGUUGAAGGCUUGCAGUAAGAUCGACACACCCUACCUUCUGAUGCUUGAAGAUGAUGUCGUCGCUCAGGAUGGGUGGUAUCAUCGCACGCGGGCGGCUAUCGCCAGCGCUGAAAAGCAAACGAAACAGAUAGGAGCGCCGAAUUGGCUGUACCUCCGAUUGUUCUAUUCGGAAGAGUUCCUGGGCUGGAAUUCAGAAGAUUGGCCGAUCUACCUUUUGUACUCUGCCCUCGCCGUUCUCCUCGUUACCUUCUCAGCCCUCGGUGCCCGACAGUACCAACCAAGCCUUCGAACCCACCUCACGAAUGCGCCCAUCUUCCUCCUCGCAUGCAUCUGUACACCACUGUUGAUUGGUCUUUUUUUCGCCGCUGGACGGGCGACAAUGCUUCCAAUCCCACAGGGCGUGAAUCAGAUGCCCAAUUUCGGCUGCUGUUCACAAGCUUUGGUUUUUCCACAAUCACGUAUAUCUGAUCUCAUAGAUCUCUAUCAGUCCAAGGAUGAAGGGCAUGUGGACUCAAUCACGGAAGAGUACGCAGACUUGAAUCGGGAAGUUCGUUGGGCUAUAACGCCAAGUAUUAUGCAACAUGUGGGCAGACAAAGCUCCAAGGCUCAGAAAGGAAGUUCAGGAAGACCCUCUCGAUAUAAAACGAAGGGAGAGAUGAAGGGUGCGGAGCGAUUGUGGAACUUUGCUUUUGAGAGCAAUGAUGCAGAAUUAUUGCGCGUGGAGCACAACAAGGCAAAGGAAGAGCUGGAAGUCAAAUGA